AUGGAGUCGAAGCCGCCGGUGAGAUUUGCAUUGGGGAAGCAAUCAUCCUUGGCACCGGACCGGGGUUAUGACGAUUCGGUUGGAGCAGAGGAGGGAGAAGAUGGGGAGAGCAUAAUCGACAUUGAUCCGAGGGUAAGGCUGAUGUACGCUGCAAAUGAGGGUGAUUUGGAAGGGAUUAAGGAGCUGUUAGAUUCGGGUACAGAUGUGAAUUACCGGGAUAUCGAUGACCGGACUGCCCUGCACGUGGCGGCGUGCCAGGGGUUUAGUGAUGUGCCUCUUGCAGAUGCAAUACAUUAUAAAAUGCUUGAUGUGAUUAAAAUUCUGGAGAAACAUGGUGCUAAGCCUCUGAUGGCCCCUAUGCAUGUCAAAAGCGUCCGUGAAGUCCCAGAAUAUGAAAUUGAUCCAAAGGAACUAGAUUUUACAAACAGUGUUGAUAUAACUAAGGGAACCUUCCGUAUUGCCUUGUGGCGUGGAACACGAGUUGCUGUUAAAAAGCUUGGGGAGGAAGUGAUUACUGAGGAGGAUAAAGUGAGAGCAUUUGGGGAUGAGCUUGAAUUGCUGCAGAAGUUACGACAUCCAAAUGUGGUCCAAUUUUUGGGUGCCGUAACUCAAAGUAGUCCAAUGAUGAUAGUGACAGAAUAUUUACCAAAGGGUGAUCUUUGUGCAUUUUUGAAGAGAAAAAAAGCUCUAAAACCGAUGACAGCUGUGAGAUUUGCAAUGGAUAUCGCCAGGGGAAUGAACUAUCUGCAUGAGAAUAAACCUGAACCAAUAAUUCACCGUGAUCUUGAACCUUCGAAUAUUUUGCGGGAUGAUUCUUGGCAUCUGAAAGUUGCAGACUUUGGAGUUAGCAAGCUACUUAAAGUUACCGGUGGAGUUAAAGAAGACAAACCUUUGACAUGUCAAGAUUCUUAUUGCCGGUAUGUGGCUCCAGAGGUAUUCAGAAAUGAAGAGUAUGAUACCAAAGUGGAUGUUUUUUCAUUUGCUUUAAUUUUGCAUGAGAUGAUUGAAGGCUGCCCACCAUUUUCCACAAAGCAAGAAAAUGAAGUCCCUAAGUCAUAUGCUGCAAAAGAGCGGCCUCCUUUUAUUGCUCCAGCAAAGUGCUAUGCCCAUGGACUUAGAGAGUUGAUUGAGGAAUGUUGGAGUGAGAAUCCAUCCAAGAGACCAACAUUCAGGCAAAUAAUCCGGAGGUUGGAGUCCAUUUAUAAUAGCCUUGGUCACAAGAGGCGUUGGAAGGUUAGACCAUUGAAAUGCUUUCAGAAUCUGGAGGCAAUGUGGAAGAAAGAAAAUCACAGUCUAAGUAGUCACAGCCGUUCAUCUCGUUCUACCAGAAGCAUUUAG